AUGCGCCCACGAGUGACGGCGAUGAGCCAAAGCAUGCGUGAUCAGGUGAACAGCCUGCAGCGCUUUCAGCAGCACUCGAGGCUUUACUUCAUUGGGCAGUGGAAAACGAAGAUGGAGGAUGUGUUUCGUGAGUGGUUUAUUGUGCACCCGGAGUGGAAUCAUGGUACACUGGAGCAGCAGCGCACCUUUCUCCAUGUCGACAUGGACGCCUUCUUCUGCUCCGUGCAGCUGGCAAAGCCAGAGUACGCUCAUCUGAGGACGAAGCCGGUGGGCAUCGCUGCAGGUAAGUACAACAGUGACAUCUCCUCUUGCAACUACUUGGCGCGCUCGUAUGGCAUUCACGCCGGGAUGUACGUGAACUCCGCGAAGGAGCGAUGUCCAGAGCUUGUGACCCUCGGCCACGACCUCGAGGCGUGUGAGCGUGUCGCCAAGACGCUCUACCGCAUCAUCUUUGAGUCAUUUCCGGCAAGUGUGAAGAUGUCAAUGGAGGUGUACAGUAUUGAUGAGGUGAUGCUGGCGACCGACACCACUGAUUACGGCUUACUGCAGUCCUUCUGCGAGGCCGUGCGCAAGGAGCUGUUCAGUACGACAGGAUGCACGGCCUCAUGUGGGAUAGGGCCAAAUAUUAUGCUGGCGCGCGUCGCCACGGACUGUUGCAAGCCGAAUGGGAUCUUAGUUGUCCACGCCAAGGACGUGCCGCAGACCAUGGCUUCUCUUCCGCUGAAGUAUAUUCACGGUGCGGGCGAGAGCACCAUGGAGAAAAUCUGCCGCGCGCUGCGUGAGCAGCACGUCAUAGACGAGAAUACCGACGCUGGCGACGUUACGUGCGGAUCUGUGCAACGGCUGAGGCGAGAGGUCUUGCAGAGGAUUCUUGGCAAGAGGCAUGGCGAGACAUUCUACCAUCUUGUCCGUGGCGAGGACAGCCGCGUCGUCACUCGCACGGGCGAUUCAGAGGACCAGCGGCACUUGGGCAAGCGCACUCCCAGCGUUGUUGGCUGUUCCAUGAACUAUGCGGUGCGCCCUGAAGAUAUAGAAGACGUGUGGGGGAUCGUGCGCCAACUCCUGGACCAUGUGUGCGCCAAACUGCAGCGCGCCAAUACCGUUGCCCAGGGCCUUCGCAUCACACUGCUGGAACGGCAUCCCCUAUAUCCGAAGGAGACGCAAAAGUACAUGGGCCGUGGCAAGUGUGUGGAGGUGCAUCUGCCAAUCAAGCUCCCACAUGCGAUGGCGGCCGACGAGGUGGAGGUGAUGGACCGUGAGAUCCGGAGGGUAGUGGCUCCGUUGCUUGUUGCGUCGCGGGUCAUGUCCGAUGCGGAGCGGGCGGCGCAGCUGGGCCUUUCAUCUAGCGAGAUGGACCUCAUGAUUUGGACCGUCAAUCUCGCGUCUCUGCGUGAUAUUGUCGUCUCAGAUUUACGCGGCAUAACGUUGCAGGCGACAGGUCUUCGACCGAAGCAGGAGGCGCCUUUCACGCUUCAGUGCCUCAGUGGGCAGCAGAUGACCCUUGCAACGGGCUUCUCCAACGCGAAGCGACCGCGCACGGUGGAUGCAGUGACCGUGGUAGAUACCACACCCGUGCAGCGCCUAUCCGGUACUGUGCGUUGUAGACCGUCUCUUCACAGCAGUUUAGCCGUGACGACACUCAACGUGUUAUAUGCUCAACCGUGGCCACGUUGUGACAAGGCUAGAGCGGAGAGCUGGUGUCAUGGCUGUAAGAGAGCCUGCCAUCAGCUCGACUACCCUGCUGUGAAGGCGUAUCUUCGAUGCGCCCUGGCAAAGCUCUCCGAGUGGCCCGAGCCGCAAGAAGCCGCAGAGAGCUUCCAGCAGCUGCUCUCCUUUGCGAGUGCCCAUCUCCCGGCACCGCUUGACUUCUUAUGA